GUAAAGUUAUUGUAGCUUCCACUCCCAUGCCAGUCCACGCGGCAUCACCAUACCAACAGUAACUAAUACCACGUUUAGCUACUGUACCGGACUACUUAGCUAGCAAAACUUUAUGUAGGUUUUCACCUCGCAAUAUUCAUGAAUGGUUGAAUAGAAGUUUGAAGAAAUAUUCCUCAACAUGUCAAAUUUGAAGAAACGUCACUCCAAGUCCUCGGGGGAAUCAGGCGUCCACGAAGAAGUGUUUUCUCUGAUUGAAGGCAGUGCGCUCUCAAACCCAACUGAAAGAAAGACGAGUAAAUGUGGCAGCAUCUCCGGGAAGAACACAGUUGAACUGAAAAGAACUAUAACUCUACUGAAUGGUGUUGCUAUCAUCGUGGGUAGCAUCAUCGGCUCGGGGAUAUUCGUGACACCCAUCGGGGUAGUGAAGGAAGCUGGUUCUGUCGGACUGUCGUUGAUCAUUUGGGCAGUGUGUGGGUUGUUCUCGACAAUGGGGGCUCUGUGCUAUGCAGAAUUAGGGACCACCAUCACCAAAUCUGGAGGAGAUUAUGCCUACAUUCUUGAGGUCUAUGGGUCUCUUCCUGCAUUCCUAAAACUCUGGAUAGAACUACUGAUCAUCCGCCCUUCUUCUCAGUACAUCGUUUCUUAUGUAUUUGCCACUUAUUUACUCAAACCCAUCUUCCCGUUCUCUCCGGUACCAGAAAAUGUCGCUAAAUUGAUCUUCUGCCAGUGUAUAUUGCUCUUGACAGCAGUAAACUGCUGGAGUGUGAAGGCUGCCACAUGGGUUCAAGAUGUCUUCACUGCAGCCAAGCUCCUCGCUCUGGUGCUCAUCAUCCUCCUCGGCUUUGUGCAGAUUGGCAGAGGAGGGACGGAGCGUCUUUGGCCAGAGAACGCAUUCGAAGGGACAAGGACGGACGUUGGCAGCUUCGGGUUGGCCCUGUACAGUGGCCUGUUUGCCUACGGAGGCUGGAAUAAUUUAAAUUUAGUCACAGAAGAGAUGAUUGAGCCGCACAAGAACCUGCCGCGUGCCAUCAUGCUCUCCCUGCCCAUGGUGACGGUGGUGUAUGUCCUUACUAACCUGGCCUACUUCACCACCAUCAGCCCUGAGGAGAUGGUGGCUUCAGAGGCCGUGGCAGUGGACUUUGGUAACUUCCACCUGGGCGUCAUGGCCUGGAUCAUCCCUGUGUUUGUGGGACUGUCCUGUUUCGGCUCCGUUAACGGAUCACUCUUCACCUCCUCCAGGUUGUUUUUGGUCGGGUCACGAGAAGGUCACCUGCCCAUUCUGUUGUCCAUGAUCCACCCGAUCCUGCUCACCCCUCAGCCUUCACUCAUCUUCACCUGCAUAGUGACGUUGCUGUAUGCAUUGUCCAGCGACAUCUUCUCCAUCAUCAACUUCUUCAGCUUCGUCAACUGGCUCUGCGUUGCCAUGGCAAUCAUCGGCAUGAUGUGGCUGCGAUACAAGAGACCUGAACUGGAGCGACCCGUCAAGGUGAAUCUUCUACUCCCGGUGAGUUUCGUGAUAGUGUGUGUCUUCCUCAUUGUGGUGUCAUUUUGGAAGACGCCCGUGGAGUGUUGCAUCGGCAUCGGUAUCAUCACCACUGGAGUACCCGUCUAUUUCUUUGGUGUUUGGUGGCAGAAGAAACCCAGCUGGAUCAUCAAUGGCAUCAGCUUGUUGACCGUGUUCUGUCAGAAGCUGCUGAACGUGGUUCCUCAGGACUCAUGAACUCAACCUAUUCUCCACUGCAACCCAAGCCGCUGUACCACCACCGAAGCAGUACUGGGCGGUUAAUGUGUGUUCAUCUCAGGCUGAUCACUCUGAAUACUCUCUAACCUUUGACCCCUAACCUUGAUUAAGGAGUCAGUGGUGAUGGUGGGGUGGGUUUAUUGUGUCCAGAAGGAAGGGGUGGGGGACCAACUAGUAAGUAGGCCUAACUAUUCGGUUGUUUACACAGAAAACCCACCUUGCUGUCUUUUCUUUACAUUUUCAAAUGGUCUUUUCUUUACAUUUUCAAAUGGUCUUUUCUUUACAUUUUCAAAUGGUCUUUUCUUUACAUUUUCAAACGGUCUUUUCUUUACAUUUUCAAAUUGUCUUUUCUUUACAUUUUCAAACUGUCUUUUCUUUACAUUUUCAAACGGUCUUUUCUUUACAUUUUCAAACGGUCUUUUCUUUACAUUUUCAAAUGGUCGUUUCUUUACAUUUUCAAAUGGUUGUUUCUUUACAUUUUCAAAUGGUUGUUUCUUUACAUUUUCAAAUGGUCGUUUCUUUACAUUUUCAAAUGGUCGUUUCUUUACAUUUUCAAAUGGUCGUUUCUUUACAUUUUCAAAUGGUCGUUUCUUUACAUUUUCAAACGGUCUUUUCUUUAAAUUUUCAAAUGGUCGUUUCUUUACAUUUUCAAACGGUCUUUUCUUUACAUUUUCAAACGGUCGUUUCUUUACAUUUUCAAACUGUCUUUUCUUUACAUUUUCAAACGGUCUUUUCAGUAUUUUUGUCUUUGUGUUUAUAUUUCUUCCUGUAUUUAAAUAGCAGUUAUGUAGACUGUUGUGUUCUUCUUCUUUUUACAGUGUCUUUAAAUGUUCAACUGGGGAGUUCUGGAGGACUACCUAGCAGGGUUAGGCUCAAUUUCAAUUCCAUUCAGAAAGUAAACCAAAUUCCACAUUUUCCUCAUUGAAAUGCAUUGAAGAGAAUAUUAAUUUCAUUGUAGUUCCUGAAUUGAAAUGGAAUUGACCCCAGCCCUGAUACUGUUUCCCGGGGCGCCGAAGACGUGGAUGUCGAUUAAGGCAGCCCCCCCGCAUCUCUGAUUCAGAGGGGUUGGGUUAAAUGCGGAAGACACCAUUUCAGUUGAAUACAUUGUUGGACAACUGACUAGGUACCCCCCUUUCCUUUCCCUUUUUAUUUACAUAAACGGGUAGUAUGAAGGCAUGAUAUUUGGUCCUGAAGAGGUUGGUUCUUUAGGAAGUGCACAUCUCGGAAGAUAAAAUAGUAGAAUUCAGAAUUAGAAGUCAGAGCUCUAGAGUCCCCAGGCUUCAUUCCUACAGAGAUAGAGAGAGCGCCGGCUGGAGGACGAGAUGACCUAUUGAACUAGUUAUCUAAUGUUAUCAUCGGUUGUUACUGUCUGUAUUCUACCCACAGAGAUAUUCCUGAAGCUUUCUUGACACUUCCUGUUUCUUGUCUUGUUAUUGUUUGUGUUUUAAAUACUCUGUUUGCUCUAAGUGUCCUUCCUGUGCCUUGUCUUGUUAUUGUUGUUUUUUAAAUACUCUGUUUGCUCUAAGUGUCCUUCCUGUGCUGCACUUUGAAUGUGAAUUUGGUUGUAUAAAUAAAGUUUUUGAAACAACCAAUGA